AGAGGAAGGAAGCGGAUCUUCGAUCCCGCCCGGAGGCUCGGCACCCCUGGGCCGCCUACCUCCCGUGCCCGCCUGCGCUCGCGGCGCUGCGGCUUCUGGAGGGUCUCGCGCCACCUGCCGGCGCCCAGGGAUGAACCGGGCCCUCACUCUGGAAGGCAAGGAUCUGGGCGGCUGCUCGGGCGCAGCUGGGAGGGAAUCCCCGGCGGGCGAGAGCGCCAGCGCCAGGCCAAGGCGUGGGGUGCGCGGAGAGGUCCGGAAUCACGGCGACGGCAUCCGGAGAAGCGGGCGGGGCGCUGCCGUGGAGUCCGGGAACCCUGGAGGGGCCGAGGAGUGGGCGGAGGUGCCGCAGGAGGCGCCCGGGGCUUGGCCGGGCUGGUCUGGUCGGGCGCGCAGUGGAGGGGAGGGAAGGGCUGCGCCGGGCUGGGCCGCCGGGUCCACGUCCCUCGCCCUGGACCCUCGCCGGGCGGCGAGUGGUGAGGAAGAGAGCAAGACCUGCGGGCCAUUAGAUCCUGGAACCGCCCUUUCCCGCUCCAGGUCGGGCGGCGACCAGCAACGAAGGCUGGAUCCUCAGUGGCAGCAUGAGAGCGGGCGCCGCCGCUCCGGGCUUGCGGCCGCGCGGCGGGCGGUGGCGGCUCUGCCGGCGCUCGCCAUGGGCGCGCGGUGGGGCCGGCGGCGCACUCGGCGUGGAGGCCUGAGGCUGUCCGAGGCCCAGUUGGCGCUGAUGGCCGCCAGCCUGGUGUGCAGCGCCGUGGUCGUCUAUGUUUGCUGGAAGCAGCUGCCGCCGCUGCCCUGGGCCUCCUCCGUCCCGCCGCGGCGGGUGAGCGUGCUGCUGUGGUGGGAGCCCUUCGGGGGCCGGCACAGAGCCAAAAGGCCGCCCCCCGAUUGCCGGCUGCGCUUCAACAUCAGCGGCUGCCGCCUGCUCACCGAUCGCGCGGCCUACGGGGAGGCCCAGGCAGUGCUUUUCCACCACCGAGACCUGGUGAAGGGACCCCCGGACUGGCCCCCGCCCUGGGGCGUCCACGUGCGCCCGGCGGAGGAGCAGCAGGUGCUGAUGGACGACGAGGAGGAAGCCGCGGAGGCCUUAGCCCUGGCUGCCUCGGGCCCCAGGCCCCCCGGCCAGCGUUGGGUGUGGAUGAACUUCGAGUCGCCCACCCACUCCCCGGGGCUGCAGAGCCUGGCAGGUAACCUCUUCAACUGGACGCUCUCCUACCGGGCCGACUCGGACAUCUUCGUGCCUUAUGGCUACCUCUACCCCAGGACCCAUCCCAACGAGCAGCCGCCGGGUCUGGUCCCGCCGCUGGCCCGGAAACAAGGGCUGGUGGCCUGGGUGGUGAGCAACUGGGACGAGCGCCAGGCGCGGGUCCGCUACUACCGCCAGCUGAGCCAGUACGUGACCGUGGACCUCUUCGGCAAGGGCGGGCCAGGGCAGCCGCUGCCUGACGUCGGGCUCCUGCACACGGUGGCCCGCUACAAGUUCUACCUGGCCUUCGAGAACUCGCAGCACCUGGAUUAUAUCACGGAGAAGCUGUGGCGAAACGCCUUCCUGGCUGGGGCGGUGCCGGUGGUGCUGGGGCCAGACCGUGCCAAUUAUGAGCGCUUCGUGCCCCGCCGUGCCUUCAUCCACGUGGACGACUUCCCUGAUGCCUCCUCCCUGGCGGCUCACCUGCAAUUCCUCGAUCGAAACCCAGCUGCCUACCGCGGAUACUUUAGCUGGCGUCGGAGCUAUGCCGUGCACGUCACCUCCUUCUGGGACGAGCCUUGGUGCCGGGCCUGCCAGGCUGUGCAGAUGGCUGGGGACCAGCCCAAGAGCGUCCCUAACUUGGCUGGCUGGUUUCAGCGGUAAAGCCACCCUCCCCUGGCUGUAACCCAGGGAGGCCAAGUCGUCGGCUUUUGGAUCCUCCGGAUCCUCCGCUGUGCAUCUCCUUAACUGCCGAAUCACGGGACUGUAUUUUCCAAACACGCAUUUUAAAUCUAUUCCCAUAGAUUAAAGUUGAUUUACCAAGUAAUAUUAUUCAGCACAAAGACUGGGUGGGAAGGGUCCUGGGUGCUCAUGGUUUUUGGACAACUAGCAGUUGGGCUUCCUCUGCUGUCCAAGGGCAUCUGAGCUCGGGGGUGAAGAUGGGGGCCCUUCCUCCCCUUGUAACCAGUGCAGAGGUGAAGAAACAGCUUACCUACAAGAAACAAUUUUCAGUGGCUCUGAAUUUCCUCAUCUGCCACAGGCCAUAUUUGUGGCCUGUGCUGAGUCCAAAUCUCACACAAUGCUCCUCCACUCACGUGACUGGGCCAAAUGCGGCAAACCCCUGGUUUCAGAAAGGGCCUUGUUGCAGGAUAGUGAAAGGACUGUGGCCACAGGUGGGUCUUUCUCUUUGUGCCUGGAUUUCUCAAAGCGUCAUCUCCUAAGAAAAGUGAGAAGGGUGGUCCAAGAAUCCACUGACUUCCUUAACAAGUGCUGUUGUUUGUUCCCUUGCUUUAUGAAUGGAAACAAGAUGCUGGAUUGUCCCUGGAGAAGAGUUAGGAUGAAUAUUUGGUGUACCUCACUUUACACAAAUGUAUUCUCGAAAAGCCGCUUUUAAAUCAAAUUCACUGUUUUAGAAGAGUGCAAUAUUUAAUGGAACCCUAUGGAUAAUCCCUUUAUAAUGUGAAUAAUCAUCUGCUAACUGAUUU